GUGUAGAAUACUAUGGUUAUACCCAGCGGGUAGUUAUUAUCCCUUUGGUUAAUUUAAAAGCAUCAUCAAUGAUUUCGAGCACCGCCCACCUCUUCCUUUUUAUCCUCGUUGGUAUAAUCUCUGGGGUUUUCCCUUGGCGUUUUCUUCCGACAAAAGACAAGGAGACGUUCGCGAGCGCGCUGAAGGAUGUCUUCAACCGGAGCCAUCUUUCGUCCUGCGACCUCACGGCCAAUUCUUGCGACAUAAACUGCUGUAGCGACAAGGAUUGCAGUUCAAGUGAUGUUGGCAUGUUUUAUUGUCAGGAUGUCGUUGUCCAAGACAAUAUGGACCCUUUUAUUUUUGAUUCUAAUUACUGUUAUACCAAACUCCCUCCUGAUUUGUAUCCCGUAAACCCUAUUUUCUGCUAUGAACUUGAAAAUAGCCCAUAUCUUGGAGAUUUUUUUAUAGAGGACAGUGUCAAACUUGCUAGAAUAGAAGUCGACCAGAUUAUUAAAGAAAGACAGCCAGUAGAUAGAAGUUUAAAAAAAAAAGUGAUAAUGGAAGAAUUAGAUUUGAAUUAUAAGUAUGGGAUGCCUAUCCUUAUUUUAAAUAAAGAAACAGCUUCUUCUGAGGUCUUUUUCAUGCCUGGAGAUAUCCUUGGAAAAGGCUACUGCUCGGAUUCAGUACCAAUUAGAUAUUUUGUGAACAAAAUCUCUAAAUGUUUGGUUCCGAUCAGAGAAGAAAGCUGUGGUACUAACUUGAAACUG